AUGCAGACCUUCGCCAAGAUUCUCAUCCUUUUCGGACUAUUGGCCUUGGCCUCUUCCUCUCCGGCCAACAUCCAGAAACGGGGAGUCUACAAGGUCGAACGGGUACCCAACCCCAACUUCACUGGCCGCAAUGGCCCCCGAGCUUUGUUGAAGACACUCCGGAAAUACCGCAUGCCCGUACCUGCCGCGCUUGCCAGUGCAGUGGAUAAACAAAAUGAGAUGAUCACGAAGAGGCAGGUGAACAGGAAGGGCCGGAAGGAGAAGGGCCGCAAAGGUGCCGGAGCAGGUGCCGGAGCAGGUGCAGCAGCGGGUGCCGGAGCCGGUGCAGCAGCAGGCACCGCAACCAAUGCGACCGCCGGUACUGGUCUCGUCAUCAACACCCCCGAAGCCGGCGACGUCGAGUAUCUGUCCCCUGUCAACAUUGGAGGCCAGACUUUGAACAUGGAUUUCGACUCCGGCUCCUCUGAUCUCUGGGUUUUCAACACGCAGCUCAGCAAGGCCGCAACCGCUGGGCACACGGUCUUCGACCCCGCGAAGUCGAACACCUUCGCCUUGAUGCAGGGGGCUUCCUUCGAGAUCUCGUAUGGAGAUGGGUCUGGCGCCGCUGGAAAUGUUGGCACCGACACCGUUGACAUUGGCGGUGCUACGGUGACUGCGCAAGCGGUUGAGAUGGCCACGGCCGUAUCUCAGUCCUUUGUCAGUGACGCUGCCAACAAUGGGCUGGUUGGCCUCGCGUUCAGUCAGCUCAACACGGUGCAGCCGCAGCCUCAGAAGACCUUCUUCGACAACGUCAUGUCUUCGCUCGCCGAGCCCCUGUUCACAGCCGAUCUGCGCGCCGCGGCCCAGGGUGCCUAUGAGUUUGGCACAGUAGACACCAGCAAGUUCACGGGGGCCAUGACCUGGGUUCCCGUGAACACGACCGACGGAUUCUGGCAGUUCACCAGCGAUUCGUUUGCCGUCAACGGCGGCAAGGCCCAAACGUCUACGGCAGGCGCGCAAGCUAUUGCUGAUACCGGUACCACCCUCCUCCUGGCCGAUCCUGCAGUCGCCCAGGCGUAUUACGCCCAGGUACCCGGCGCGGUCAACGACAACACCCAGGGAGGGUUCGUGUUCCCAUGCGAUUCGCAAAUGCCCGAUCUCCAGCUGGAUGUCGGCGGCAGCAUGGCAACCGUCAAGGGAGCUGACAUCAACUUUACCGCAGUCGACGCCCAGAAUUGUUAUGGUGGUCUGCAGGCCUCGCCAGCCGGGCUUCAGGUCUACGGUGACAUCUUCUUUAAAAGCAACUUUAUUGCUUUCAAUGGUGGUAACAACUCCCUCGGGUUUGCCACACACGUUUAA